AUGACACAAACUCAGUACUUCAAUGAUCUCCCACUCUUAAACGAUCAUUUCUAUCCUGCAGAUUUUUCAUCUCUAUACGAAAACCUCGUUUUAUUAUCGUGUUCAUCCCAUUCCUAUACGUUAUCCUAUUGUUAUUAUCUACCAUAUAUUGCUUUGGCUUGGCGUCGAAUCGGUUAUGAGCCUGUCGUAUUUCUUGUCGGUCGAAAAGAAGCUUUCUUACAAAUGCCAUUAAUACAUACAUUAAAUGUUGAUUUCAAAAUUACAUACCAUUUCGUUGACGUCGAUCCACCACGCUCAAUAUCUGCUAGUCAGAUAGUCCGUUUAUUCGGCGGUUUCCUCUCCUAUAACUAUAAUACGACAAAAGAUUUGUUUAUUCUCAUCGCUGAUGUCGAUUUACUGCCGAUAACUCGACGUCGUUUUGAGAUUUUUACCAACCGAACAAAUUAUAUUCUUGCUGUCAAUGCAUAUUGUUGUUUAAAGGAACGAUUUUCGUAUGCAAAUUUUUCAAAUAUUCACUAUUAUCCGAUGUCUUAUGUUGGUAUGAGAAAAGAUCUUUGGCAAAUGGUUUUCCGACCAACAAAGCGUUGCUCAUCUGAACAAAACCUAACAGUAGAUAUGAUUGAAUGCUAUUUAAAGGAAUACAUGAAUAUUACCUUGCCCAAAUAUGUCGUUAAAGGAUCGAAGAAAUGGGAUCUCGAUCAGAAGUUACUCAGUCUACUAUUGGCGCGUGCGAAAUAUUCCUACGGCACACAUAUCGACAGGCGAGAUUUAGGUUAUCGAUUAGAUGCAAACGAAAAUUUUCUCUCGUCAGAAAUGAAUUCCAUUCUAUUCUAUGACGACAUUCAUUUACCAAAUAAGAAUGUUAAAGUUUUAUUCAGUGAGCGCACAUGGCCAAUAUUAAAACGAAUCUUUUCGCGAUUAUUCAAUAACAAAACAAUGCAAUUACUUUCGCAGUAUCAUCAUCAAACAACAGCCAUGCUUCGGCUUAAUGGGACAAACAGAUGA